AUGUCGGCUCCACCACCUGUCGCCGGUGUCGAGGAUUCGGCUGACCGAAAUGUCGAAAUGUGGAAGAUUAAGAGGCUUAUAAAAAGUCUAGAGCUGGCUAGAGGAAAUGGUACUUCUAUGAUUUCACUGAUUAUCCCCCCACGAGAUCAGAUUGCUCGGGUUCAAAAGAUGCUUGCUGAUGAAUAUGGUACUGCAUCGAAUAUUAAAUCGCGUGUGAAUAGGCUUUCUGUGCUUGGAGCAAUUACUUCGGUACAAGGACGUCUGAAAUUGUACAGCAAAGGUGAGCCUCAUAAUGGACUCGUCGUGUACUGUGGUACUAUUGUUACCGAUGAAGGCAAGGAAAAGAAAGUUAACAUUGAUUUCGAACCGUUCAAGCCCAUCAACACGUCUCUUUAUCUGUGUGACAACAAAUUCCAUACGGAGGCUCUUCAAGGCCUUCUUGCUGAUGACAACAAGUUUGGAUUCAUCAUUAUGGAUGGAAAUGGAACGCUAUUCGGAACAUUGCAAGGGAAUACUCGAGAAGUACUCCACAAAUUCACGGUAGAUUUACCAAAGAAACACGGAAGAGGAGGACAAUCUGCUUUGCGAUUUGCUCGACUUCGUAUGGAAAAGCGGCACAAUUAUGUACGAAAAGUAGCUGAAUGUGCCGUGGAAAUGUUUAUUAAGAAUGAUAAGGUUACGGUUGCCGGUCUAAUUUUGGCUGGAAGUGCUGAUUUCAAAACUGAGCUCGGCCAAUCCGAUAUGUUUGACCAGCGACUUCAAGCAAAGAUGGUCAAGACUGUGGAUAUUUCUUAUGGUGGUGAAAAUGGAUUCAAUCAGGCUAUUGAACUUGCUGCGGAUGCCCUUGCGAAUGUUAAGUUUAUACAAGAGAAGAAGUUGAUCGGAGGAUAUUUUGAUGAGAUAAGCCAGGAUACUGGGAAGUACGUCUUCGGAGUGAAAGAUACAUUGCAAGCGCUCGAGAUGGGCGCUGUGGAAACGCUUAUCUGUUGGGAAAACCUCGACAUCAUUCGAUACAGGCUGAAAAACUCUGCUGGAGAGGAGAAAGUCCUCAACCUGAGGCCAGAUGAGGAAAGGGAUAAGUCCCAUUUCACGGAUAAGGAAACCGGGCAAGACAUGGAAAUAGUGGAGACAAUGCCACUAUUGGAAUGGUUUGCUAACAAUUACAAGAACUUCGGUGCAACCCUCGAAAUUGUUACUGACAAGUCACAAGAAGGAGCACAAUUUGUGCGAGGAUUUGGUGGAAUUGGAGGUCUUCUGCGUUACCGAGUGGACUUAAUGAAUGAUAUGGUUGACGAGUUUGACGAGAUCAACUUUGAUGACUAUUGA